UGUGUUGCGGAUUUAAUGGGUAGAUCACCGUGUUGUGAUAAGGCCGGGUUGAAGAAAGGGCCUUGGACACCAGAAGAGGAUCAGAAACUUUUGGCUUAUAUUGAAGAACAUGGCCAUGGAAGCUGGCGUUCUUUGCCUGAGAAAGCUGGUCUGCAAAGGUGCGGAAAGAGUUGCAGACUCAGAUGGACUAACUACCUAAGACCUGACAUUAAGAGAGGCAAAUUCACUGUACAAGAAGAACAAACCAUCAUCCAACUCCAUGCUCUCCUCGGAAACAGGUGGUCAGCGAUUGCAACUCACUUACCGAAAAGGACAGACAACGAGAUCAAGAACUACUGGAACACACACCUGAAGAAACGUCUGCUUAAAAUGGGAAUCGAUCCAGUGACUCACAAGCACAAAAACGAGACCCUUUCGUCUUCCACAGGUCAAUCCAAGAACGCAGCCACGCUUAGCCAUAUGGCUCAAUGGGAGAGUGCUAGGCUCGAAGCUGAAGCAAGACUAGCUAGAGAAUCAAAGCUUCUCCAUUACCAAAACAAUAACCUUAACAAAUCAGCUCCUCAACAACACUGCUUCACUCACAAAACAUCAACAAUUUGGUCAACAAAACUAAACGAAGGAACAGGAGAUCAACAGCUUGAAUCUCCGACAUCGACGGUGACAUUCUCAGAGAAUCUUCCUCUGAUGAUCAUGCCUUUAGGAAUUCCAACGGACAACAGAAAUAGAAACAAUAAUAAUAACAAUGAAUCAUCUGAGAUUCCGGCGAGGAUUGAAUUCGCCGUCUCUUCCUCAACCUCCUCCGAUGUGAGUCUGGUGGUUAAAGAACACGAACACGACUGGAUUAGGCAAAUCAACUGUCCUUGUCCUACGGAAGGAAUAGGAGAAGGAUUCACGAGCCUUCUCCUCGGUGAUCCAAUCAAUCGGAGUCUACCCACCGGAAAAAACGAGGCUCCUCCGUCCUCCUCCGUUGCCGGAGCCGGCGAGAGUGAGUUUAACUACUAUGAAGAUAACAAGAACUACUGGAAUAGCAUUCUCAACUUGGUUGAUUCUUCACCGUCCGAUUCUCAAGCCAUGUUCUGAUCUUAAUAAGGGUCUUACAGUCAUUUCUCCAUAAACAUUUUUAAUUCUCUCAGAUUGUUUUUUUUUUUAAUUGUCGAUAGCUUU